AAACACACUGCUAAGGUGAAUGUGAAUUAAGGUGAAUGGAGUGGGACUCACAACAUUUGUCAAAUUUGGGUCGAUUAAAUUUUAGAGGUUUCUAUACUGCCAUCCUAGAGAAGGACGAUGAAAUCAUCUCUGCAGCAUCUAUAAGAAUACAUGGAAGAGAGAUGGCAGAGAUGCCCUUUGUGGGAACCGAAUCGAAGUGCAGGGGACAAGGAUUUCUUCGAAAGUUUCUAGUAGCUAUUGAAUCUGCCCUUCACUUCUUAAAUGUGGAAAAUCUGAUCAUUCCAGCUUCAAUAGAAAUAGUUGGAAUGUGGACUAAAAAAUUUAAAUUUUCCCACAUUGAAAGUGCCAUGAUCAGAACAAUAAUCUCCUCAAACACAUUGAUGUUUCCGAAGGCUGUCAGGCUACAGAAAAACUUGCUGGCAGAUGAUGCGGAAGCAGACAAUGCAGCUAUGGAGGUUAAUGAAGUUCAGAACAAUGAUCAAAAUGAGUUCCAGCAAAAUAGAGAUGAAAGACCGCCUUUCAUUGAUCUAAAUCUGGACCCUUCGGAAGAGGCUAUUGAUGCAUAAUGCCAAGGAUUUGAUGUCAGAAGGUUUAGACUGUAAAAUAUACUGAAAGGUUUAGAACUUCCUGUUAAAUGUGCCAAGUAAACAAUACCUAGACUGCACAUCAUCUUCUGGUGUUAUUAAAGUCAUUGUUCUAACUAAGUUUACAAAGAAAAUGGCAUGUGAAUGUAGAAAGCAAGGGUUAGAUAUAAUGGUUUUUUUUUUUUUUCAUGUCCUCUGCAUUAGGAUUUAGAAGUGCCUCAAUUUUGUAACAAAAGCUUAGGAUUUAGAAGUGCCUCAAUGAUUGUAACAAAAGCGAUAUUCCUUGUUAAAUGUAUAUAGUUUUAUUUUA